AUGUCUUUGACAAGUGAGUGGUUUAAUUGUACUAACUAUUUAGUCUAUCAACCAGUGAAGAGGGAAGGUCAAUCUACUCCUGUACAGGUUGGAGACUACCUGUACAUGUGGGGUGGGCUCCGGCCUGGUCUCCCUAAUGUACACAAUAAUGAGAAGAAGAAGUCAAUGUGUUCUGUAGUCGAGGUAUGCCACAUACCAUCUGGUAGGUGGGAGAAAAAGGCUACCACUGGUAACCCUCCACUUGGCGUUUAUGGCUAUGCUGCCGCUGUCAUUAGAAACCAAAUUUUCUUUUAUGGAGGAAUGUGUAAUCACGAUGAUUGUCAUCAUAAUAGUUUAUACAGUUUUAAUGUUGAUGCCUUCAUUUGGAAGGAACUCUCUCCUACUACGUCUUGUCAUGGUCCCAUGAUGAAGCAUUCCAGUGGUAUGGCAACUCUAAAUCUUGAUGGCGAGGACUAUCUUGUAGUAAUUGGAGGGCGUGGACCUUCUUUUAAUAAUACCCCAACUCAAGCUGGUGCCCAGUACUGCGAAUCUUAUGGUUAUCAAUCUUGUAAUGAAGUACAUUUGUACAAAUUAAAAACAGGUGAAUGGACCUCACCAACUGUCACUGGAGCUAGACCACCUCCUAUUCAUUCCUUCACCCUGUUGUCAAUGAGUCAUAACACCAGUUUAUUAUUUGGCGGUGAUAUUGGCAAUUUUAAAUACAGCAAUGAUGUGUAUAUAAUUGAAUUUACUGAGGCUCUAGUGUUUAAUAUACCAGAAAGUGUUGCUAAUAGGUGGCAUCAUUCUCUCUUAGUGUGGAGUGAAACAUCAUCUACUCACUGGAUAAUUGCGUUGGGAGGAUUUAGCAAUGCUGGUCAUUCAGCAAUCAAUGAUACAGUAUUUAUUGAAAUCAGUGAGUUAGUACAUUUUUAG